AAUCCCAUCCUCACGAUGCUACGGCCGUGCGCGGGGGCGAAAGACGCAGGAUUUCACCGGAGGGCGUUCAACAAAAUGCCAAGGCAGCAGCGAGCGUGCCCGAUUUGCCUCCCCAGAGCUGCCUGCUGUGCGCUCCGGUGGGCGCGCCCGGCCCCGAGCAGGUGCCAAGGCGCCCGGCUUGCCUCUACUCCUGUGCUCCUCCUCCUCCAUCAGCUGAUGCCUUUGACAAAGUCCUUGCCUGUCUCCUCUCUCCCAGUCCUCCUCGCUGGCUUCCCCGGGAAGAAGCUGCCUCUCUCCCUUCCUCUCUUUCUUUCUUUCUUUUCACAGCUUCUUCUUCUCCGCCUGCCUGCCUCCCCUGCAAAGCCUCCCCCCUCCCCCAUGGCCGACUCGCUCCUCAACCACUCCUGGCCGUCUUUCUCCAGGCGAUGGAUGAAAAGGUGGUCCUUCAAGCGAGGGUCUGAGUGCAAGCCGGCAGCGCAGGAUUUCCCCGGCAGCCGGACCAUCCCAGCCUCAGGUUGCAGCAGCCCAGACACCUUGUCCCCGUCCUUGACUGCUGAGGAUGAGGUCUUCUUCGGCAGCAUGGCAGAGGAGAGGGAGGAUGCCUCCUCUCCAGAACAGGACGCCUCCCCGGGCACAAUCCACAGCAGUGCGGAGGACCUCCUCUCGAUAGACUCGGGUCUGCAGGGCUCAGAGUAUUACAAGGACUUGGGACUCUCCUGGCCGCCCAUGGAGGCUGCUGUUGCUGGUGGUGUGGCUUCCGCAGCGGCCUUGUCCCUCAAACGGACAUCCCGGGGGGCCGCCGGCUGUUGCACGUUGGCCGAGAGGCCCAGGGGCCACGGUGAGAUGCUUCCCCAGCCCCCCUGCCCCUGUGGCCCCAAGGGGCAGGCCAGCUUGGAUGCGACACCUCACUACCUAGAUGCCGACUGUGCCUGCUCAUGCGGAGCUGGGGGCCAGGGGGCCUUCUCCAGGGAGGAGUCAGGAGCUGCCCCGGAGGGCACAGAAGCCUUUCCGCUUUUGGCUCGGUCCAUGUCCACCUCUCGGAGGCACAGCUGGGAGGCGCCCAUGUCUCCAACGGACGGCCAGCGCAGGUUCAGCUUGGACGCCUCCGAAAUGGGAAGCGACACGGAGCAGGAGGACGCCGAAAAGGAGAAGCCUCCUCCCGAUCCACCACACGCACCUCUAGCAGGACUAGCAGCUUGGAGCGGCGUCAGGAGCAGCACGGUGAUCCAAGUGGAGAUCGAGCCCUUGCGCCUGGACCUGGGCCUCGUCCAGAAGCCUGGCAAUGCCGGUUUCAGCAGUGGCGGAGGGAAGCGGCUGAGGUCCAAGUCCGUCCCGACCCCCUGUGAUGGCGCUUCUUCCUUGCGCAUGUCCCACAGCCUAGAGGUCUCGCUUCCGGUCACUGUGGGGAUUGCGCCACCGGUGCUGGAGCUGGUUGAAAAGGACCAGGUAGCCCCGGAGCAAGUGCUGAUGGUGCAACAGGUGCUGAAGGAGCUGACUCAGUACCACGGGGCGAAGCACGGGCUGUGUGCCCCCGAAGGCAAUGGCGAAGCCCCGCAGAACCUGACCUGGUUCGAGUUCCUGUCUAACGAGACUGAAGACAGCGGGAAGAGCGACAAGGCCGAGAGAGGGACCAAGGUGAGGCGCCGCUUGAGCAACCUCCGCAGCCGGGUCACCGGAUCGUGGCAGAAGGAGAAGGGUAAGAGCAAAGGCCGCGAGAAGGAGGCGGUGGAGGUGAAGGAGCGGCCGCGGGCACUGCAUGGGCAUGAGCUGACGCCGGGCACCUUCUCGGCCGCCGCCUGCUGCUCCCUCUGCGGCAAGAGCCUGCUGAACAAAGCGGGGCUGCAGUGCUUGAAUUGUGCAGUGAACGUCCACAAAAACUGCAAGACCCUCUUGUCUGAAUGCAGUGGGGCCAGGCCCAAGCAAAGAGAUUUGUUCCUCCGCCCUCCGAGCUCUCCACCCAGUUCGCUCCGGAGCUACAGCCCAGCCUCCGCCCUCCGGGAGCACCCACACGGAUCCCUCCUGGGCCCGGAUGGCGGCGCCCUCGGGAUGACGAUCGCGCAGAGGGGGAGCUCGCCCACGCCGCUGGCCGACACAGCUUCCAUCAGGGCUGCCGCUAAGACAGGGGUCACGGGGGGAGAGAUGGAUGAGGGGGAUUCGGGUUUCCUGAAGCCGAAAGCGGCCUCCGAGGACGUUGUCUCCGUGGCCCCCUCCACGGCGGAAUCGGUCUUUGUGGAAGAUGCUCAGUAUGCCUCCUUGCGGAACGAGCUAGAGACGGACGCCCGGGAGUUCGAGGCACCGUCGUGGAGCCUUGCAGUGGAGCCAGCCUAUGCCAAGCAGCAGGAGAGGGAGGUCGCCAAGAGGCAAGACGUCAUCUACGAGCUGAUGCAGACCGAGAUGCACCACGUCCGGACGCUGAAGAUCAUGCUGAAGGUCUACUCGCGAGCCAUGCGGGAGGAGCUCCAGUUUGGCCAGGCCACCAUCCUCCGCCUCUUCCCCUGCGUGGACGAGCUGCUGCAGCUGCACGGAGCCUUCCUCUCGCAGCUGAAGGAGCUGCGCCAGGAGGCGCUGGAGGAAGGCAGCGAGAGGAACUACGUCAUCCAGCGGAUCGGGCCCCUCCUGGUGCUGCAGUUCUCGGGGGAGACUGGCGAGCAAGUGAAGGAGAAGUACGGGGUCUUCUGCAGCAGCCACGGAGAGGCAGUCCUCCACUACAAAGAGCUCCUGCAACAGAGCAAAAAGUUCCAGAACCUGAUCAAGAGAAUCAGCAACUCUUCCAUCGUGCGGCGGCUCGGGGUCCAGGAGUGCAACCUGUUGGUGACGCAGCGCAUCAUGAAAUACCCUGUCCUGGUGGAGCGCAUCAUUCAGAACACGGAAGCUGGCACCCAGGAGUACGAGGACCUGACCCGGGCCCUGGCGCUGAUCAAGGAGGUCAUCACGGCCGUCGACGCCAAGGUCAACGAGAACGAGAAGGGGCAGCGCCUGCGCGAGAUGGCGACCAAGAUGGAGAUGAAGUCCUCAGGAAAGUUCAAGAACGGCCUGGUCUUCCGCAAGGAGGACAUGCUCCAAAGGCGGCUCCUGGUGGACGGCGUUCUGUGCUGGAAGGCAGCCUCCGGGCGCCUCAAAGAGAUCCUGGCCGUGUUGCUGACUGACGUGCUAUUGCUGCUGCAGGAGAAAGACCAGAAGUACACCUUCGCCUCUGUGGACGCAAAGCCCCCAGUGAUCUCUCUGCAGAAGCUGAUCGUCCGGGAAGUGGCCAACGAAGAGAAGGCCAUGUUUCUGAUCAGCGCCUCCCUCAAGGGGCCGGAGAUGUACGAGAUUCACACCGCCUCCAAGGAGGAGAGGAAUUUCUGGAUGGCACAGAUCCGCCGGGCAGUGGAGAGCUGUCCUGACGAGGAGGAGGAGCUUCUCACUGACCCUGAAGAGGAGCGGAGGCAGGCUGAGGCGAGGGCAGUGAAGCUGAAGGAAUUCCAAGACCGCCUGAGCCAAAAGGAUGAGCAGAUCUUGCAGAGCCUGAGUGACAAGCAACAGAUCUACUUAGAGAUGGCGGAGAUGAAUGGGUUCGAGGACCCGGGGCUCGGGGCCCGGGCCCGGCUCAUCGGCAGGGCGGACUCCCCAGAGAGCCUUCAGGGGGAGGCGAUCCUCAAGAGGGCGGUGGCAGAAGGUGGGUGCCGCACUCGCGAGACGCCCCGGGUGCUCGGGACUGCAACUCCCAAGGGCCUGGGGAGCGCCCGGGGGGCAAAGGCUCGGCUGGGCCCCAUGCCGGGCGCAGGCCUCCUCUUCUCCUCCCCGCCGAAACCCGUUCUUGCAUUUGCAGUGGAAGGCCUGCAGAGCCUGAUCUUCACCCAGCUAGGGGGGUCCGUGGCCCCCGCCCGCUCCGAGGACACCACCGGCGGGUCGAGCCUGCUGAGACGCGCGGAGACCUUUGGGGGGUAUGACAGCGCCACGGCCGGCCUGGCCAAAAUGGGCAGUUUCAAGAGGAAGGUCUGCGGUGGGGAGCAGCGCCUGCGGGACCGCCGAGCCCCCCCUGCCAACCCAGAGGACCCCGCCUCAACCGGAGGAGGAGAGGAAGGGCUGCGACUGGGUGACAGUGCAAGGCAGGAACGGCCCGGCGGCUUCCUGGAAACAGAGUCAGAGCUUGUCCAAAGGAUACAGACUCUCUCCCAGUUGCUUCUCAGCCUCCAGGCCGUCAUGGCCCAGCAAGACAGCUACCUGGAGGUCCAAAGGAGCGCCCUGCUCGACCGGGAGCGCCAGUUCCGCCUGCAGUCGACGCGGGGCAACCUCCUGCUGGAGCAGGAGCGGCAGCGCAACUUUGAGAAGCAGCGCGAGGAGCUGGCCCAUGUCCAGAAGCUGCAGGGCCAGCUGAAGGCGGAGCAGCGGCGCUGGGAGCGAGAGCGAGAGCGGCAGAGGAGGGAGGCGGAGGCGGCCGAGGCCCAGCUGCGCGUGCGAGAGGAGGAGGCCCGCCAGCUGAAGGAGCGGCUGGGCCAGGAGCGGCAGGAGCUGGAGCGCCAGCGAGAGGCCUACCAGCACGACCUGGAGCGCCUCCGCGAGGCCCAGCGGACCGUCGAGAGGGAGAGGGAGCGGCUAGAGCAGCAGCGGCGGCUGAAGAAGCACAGCGCCACUGCCGCCUUCUCGCCUCCGGAGGCAGGGCAGGGCCCCUUGAGCCACUCUGCCAGCUUCAACGGAGAAGGCCUGGAGGGCAAGCCGGGCGGGCGAGGGAGCGUCUCCGCCAUGGACUAUCUGGAGCGGGCGGAGUUGGCCCGCCGAGACAGCGCCGCCUCGCCCGCGCUGGAGGGGGUCCGCCCGGUGCUGCCCCUCAAGACCGAAGUGCCCCUCCAUCUCCUGAGCGCCACCAACCAGAUCCAGAAGCAGGCAGCUGUCCAGCAGCAGAUCCCCACCAAGCUAGCGGCCUUCACCAAGGGCAGCAAGGAGAAGGCCGGGAAGGGCUCGGCGAAGGCCUCCCACCGGACAGAGAGCUCGGCAUCGGUCGACCUGAGGCAGCUCCUUCCCCGGUCGGCUGGCAAGGACGAGCCUCUCGCCCGCAGCCGCAGCUCCAUGAGCCCUGUCUUUCCGCACAGCCAGAGCGUGGCCUUCCUGCCAGAGCCGCCGGCCGAGGGUGCCCACCCUGAAGCCCUGCCCCCUGCCGCCAACCUCUUCAAGCCCAACAGCGUCCAUGCCCUCCCGCCAACCCCGGACGAUCUCGCCAAGGAGGACGUCAUUUUCUUCUGACGUGCGCCAGGACGCUCCCCGCUGCUCAGCCUCCGAGGGACCGUGCCCCUUUGCUUGCCAGGAUAGAGGCCAGAAAACAGCAGCGAGGACACUGUGGUUUUUUUUGGUGGGGGGGGGGAGAGAAGGGGUCUUUCACCGGACAGUCACUUGGCCGCCCACGGACACCCCGACUUCUCACGCUCUCUCUCCGUGGCAUCGCUGUCAUUUUUUAAGCACCUUCCGCAGCAGGCGAGAGAGAGCAGAGUUUGCCAACAGAGGUUCCAGGGCGGAGCGGGGACCCCGCUUCCUCCAAAGACAGGCCUCGGCGGGCACAGAGAUGCCCAGUGAAGGGGAACUUUUGCGGCGAUACGGAACAGGAUCGUCAUGGGCAGAGGGGUUUGCCUUCCUUAAUCUGCCAGGUGCCACGCAGGGGCGUCCAACUUUGUGGCAAAUGACUCUUGUCGUCGUCCCCCCCCCAAAAUCUGGCUUCUCGCAUGCCAGCGUAUCCUGGGUCCAACCCAACGAGGAGCGUCCCUUGCUCCUCUCGCCGCCAAAUGCUCAUCUGCUUCCUUUGCAGGAAUCCCCUCCCCAAUUGAUUUUUUUAUUUGCUCCGGCUUAGAACCUCUCUGCCACCAAGGGAUCCUUUUGGAACGGACCGUGCCACUAUCUUCCCCUGCUUCCCGCAAAUGCUCGCCUCCUGAAAGGUCGCUUAACAUUGGGGGGGGGGAGUUUUGGACUGCAGCCUCGCAGCGAUGUGAGAUCAGCCUUUUGCUCCUCCCCAAAUACCUGCGCUUCCCCAAAAGUUGCGGCUUCUGUGCUCGGUCCUCAGGGGGCGUCGGAAAGGGCGAGCCCCCCGGCGCAAGAGGCUCCCAGCCGCCCUUCCAUCGAGGGGGGGGCCAUUUCGUGUAAUAACUGCGCCUUUCCUCCGCAUUUAUUGAAAGGGAAGCCCUCUUUCUGCACACAAUCGCUGACCUGUCCAUGCUCUGCUUGGCUAUUAGAUUUCUCUCUCGGGGGAGCUCCCUUCGGGGACGGGACCAGUUGCAAUUUAAAGGGCCCCCUGCUGCCUUUCACGGGGGUGGGGGGAGCAGGCACAGUCCACAUGCAGCCGAGGACAGGAGACUACCCAACUCGGGGGGGGGGGGAGGUCCCCAAAAGACAAAUAUUUCCCUCUGAUGCCGCUGCCCCCCCCCCCGGGAAAAAUUGCUCUGUGUUUUGAAUAUUUAUUUGUUUACUAUGUGUAAGCCUCCUUGAGACCCUCUUGGGUGCGAGAGUUGGCCCGUGCAUAAAUAAAUGAAUAAAUAUAGA